AUGUCCUUAAACGGAACCUCAACGCCCCGGCGGCAACCUCAAGAAUACCGAACUCACAAUGAGAGAGAUGACUGGGAAGACUGGGAGGAUGAAGAUGUGGUCACGCCUAUCAUGGAAGACGACCAAGAGCUCAUCAUGGACAAGACGGCUGCUCCCAGCCCACUGAAGCCGAACAAACCUGCUUCCACAAGAUAUUCGCAGCCUCGGUAUUCCGUCCAGAAACUGAGGCGUCUAAAAUCCCGUCAACGACAGAAGGCGCAGAACGCGAAGGCUGGUAUUAAGGUAGUGACGGAUAUGACGGCCCUGCAACAGCAACGAGCUGCUCAACAAAGCCGGAAUCCCGACUUGCAGCAGCCGAAGUUUGUCGAUGCCGCCGCUCUUAGGGCCCUCGAGGGGUCACCCAACUCUGCUUCCGUCGGCAACUGGAACUGGCUCAAGAAGAAAACCGACCAGAGCGGCCAGUCCCCUCAAAGCAUCAGGCGCAGCCCGCUCGAGCAAGACCUUUCCCCAAAUGACCGCCCUAUCGUCAUCGGUAUCGCCCUGCCAUCAGAAAUGGCUGGAAGGGAAAUCAGCCCCCACACAGCAGUUCUCGAGACACCACAUGACCUGCCGCCCAAAUAUGACAACAACCCACCGGUGGCAAGCAAGCAAAAUACUGUCACUCCUCUGACUCCUUCGCAGCAAAGAUCAGUCUGGAGCCCUGACACACCCGACACGACAUCUUCCUUCCAGCCUUCCCACCGCUCAUCCAGCAUAUACUCCCAAGCUACUGGUCUCGGGGUGCGAGUGGCUCACGACGCCCCCCCUGUACCCUCUGUUCCCUCCACCUACAAGCGACAGGAAAGAGUGGUCAGUGUCGUCCUCAAGGACAACGACGAGGACGACGACGACGGAGGCAGCCCAUGCACGUUGUUCGAAGAAGACGGAGCGGCUUCGAACCGUCCAAGGUCAACAAAGGCCAAAGAGGUAUCAAAGAGUCCGGACAGCGCAGCUACUCAGGCACGUGGUUGGUGGGACCAUAUCACGACACCCUUUAUGGAGAGGAAGAGUCCCAUUGUCCCGACCAAGUCCGGAUCACAGCCAGUCAAAGCAGCUGAAGAUGGUGAAUGGUGGAGGGAAAAGUCUACAAAUACACCCGUCUCCAAAAAUAAAGACUCGGAGUUCGAACUUCCCAAACCAGCACAGGUACAACCAGCCGUUAUUUACAAACCCGGCCUUCCAGCAUCGCCUAAACCAUCACCGCGCAGUAAUCAGGCGCCGAUCGUCAGAGUUCCUACACCGAGGAGAAGUCCAUCGCCGCUUAUGGACCGACGCGACCCGUCGCCCGCGUCCCCCUCUCGCUCAGCAACCCCGAGACUUCAAGUUCAGUCAGAGAAGGUUCCUCUUGCUGAGCCGAGCCCUUCUAUUUCAGAGCAACCGCCACCAUACUCGCCGCCGCAACAGCAAAAAGCCGUCAGAUACCGAGCUGUCUUUCCCGCAGGCCAUCCUCUGCAAGCGCUGUACCCGCCAUCUCCGGGACCGAUUUCACCAGCCAUCAAUGGUACGAUGAGUUCACAAGGCGGCAUCAACAUGACCGACAUUCCCUUGACGCCACCGGCGCGAGGCAACAGCCCUGCCCAGGGCAUACAUGGCCGUCUUCCGGAAAGGCUCGCGGGUACGUUCGUGCCCCAGGAACAUUUUCUGGCGGCAUCAGGAGACAGUCAUCGGGUCGAGCGUGAGCGCCGACGUCACGAAAAGGAGGAAAUAGCAGCUCGUAAGCUCGGUGGCUUCUGGAAGGGUCGUUGGUGUAUCCCCGCAAGCGGUUGCUACGGCCGCAGUGGCCGUGAGGGCCGCAAGAGAAGGCGUGUGUGCCUGGGAGUGUGCGGGGCCAGUCUCGCCCUGAGCAUCCUCAUCAUUGUCCUCUGCGUUACGCUCAUUCCUCGCAACAGCGCCGCUGCGCCGGUUGACAGCAUCUUUGUCAACCUGACCAACUUCCCCCAAUGCCUACUGGAGUGCUCUCUGUCGUGGGUCCAGACAACACGGCGGCCGUAA